AUGCUCUUCAGAUCCUUCCUCUGCCUCACCCUCGUGGCGGCUACUGCUGCUACCACAUGCUACAUCUCUGACAAGAAGGCCACCAACGGCGGAUGCCCCGAGACGACUUUCAAGUACGGAAGCUGCGCGUCGAAAGCUGUGGCUGAUGCUGGCGUGGACGCCUUGAUCACCUCACACAAGGCUCUAGCACCGGCUGACAAUGCAGCUUGCAAGGCUAAGAUCGACGCACAGUGCGCUGGCGUUAAGGCGAAGGGAUCCGACUGCGCCGCGUACUGUCCGAUACUUCCUACAGUGACUGGAUGCAUGACUGACUCGGACUGCACCUCGACGACGACCGUUCCUACUCCCUUGGCUUGCUGCAGCUCAUUGAAGACCGUCUACUCCAACUUUUGCGAAUAUCCUAGCGCUACUCUCGAUGCUGUCAUCGCUGGGUUGAAGACUGGCGGCGGUUGUGCGGACACCAACUGCGUCUCUACUACCUCAGGAGCCAUGGGCUCAGCACCCAUGUCCUUCGCCAUGCUCCUUCUCGCCGUCGUUGCGAGCUUGACGGCCUCCAAGAUCUGA